AUGAACGCCAUGGACGAGGCUUCCGACGAUGAGCUUCGCACCAAUGCGCUCAACGACCCUGGCCUCUUUUUGGACAUUGAGGACGAUGACGAGGAUGUGGUGCUGUCGGCCGGGCUGCCGACACCCUCAGUCGUAUUCCAGCGUCAGCAGCAGCCGCAGCAGAAUGCGACGUCAGCGACCGCAGGCGGGAUAUUCAACGGUGUACCGAAGCUGGACGUCACGGCGUUAACCAGCUUUCCGGUUGACUCCAAUCAGCAUCCUAUCGCGGGGUUCAUGGCACCAGCCACGUCGAACUCGCCGAUAUCCUUCUCGCGCGAACCUGGCGUGGAUCACACCACCGGCAACGCUUACAUGAUGGGGGCGGCGCCCUCGUCGAGCCCGGCAUCGUCGCCGCAGAAUACAUCGCAGAGCUUCUCGUCCUUGAACGUGUACGCCAGCAUCGCAAAUCCGCCGCUCUGCGCGCGCUCACUGCCAUUCCGCGACUUCUUGAACCAGAAGUCGGUGCCGCCGCACAUUGAGAAGGAGGAAUCCACUGGUAUCUUCGUGGGCCAGCUGCCCAGUAGCUAUGCCGAAGACGACAUCGAGGCCCUCUUGAAGGCGAUUGGACAUGAGCGCGGUAAGAUAGUGCAAGUACGCGACGUCAAGUGCCAUAACCGUGACCGCACCUGUGCGUUCAUCAUGAUCAACGCGAGCGCCCUCGUGGCGAUCUUGGAGUUCACCAAGCGCGUGCUGUGCGAUAUCAACUGCGUUUGGAUUGUCGAGCACAACCAGGCCGCCCAGCUGCCCCUGUUCAUUCAACAGAUGCCUCGCGAGCAGCUACGUGGAGUGCCGAAGGCUGCACUGGUGCUCGAGAAGCUGACGCCGCAGUCGAAAUCGCGGCACUCGAACCACAAGUCCAACGUGGCCACAAGCCCCAACACCGGGUAUACUGCGAUUCAAACCAGGAUACUAAGCCCCAUGCAGCACAGUAUACCCGGUGUGAGCAUGCUCUCCCACCCAGUAUUCCUCCAGCAGCAGGGGGUUGGCGCUUCUCCUGCCGCCGUCGUCGCCGGCCAUCUUGACGUGUCGGCGCUUCAGGCCACAUCUCCUUUUGGCAGCUCCAACUACGUCCAGGCAGCUAAUGUGAACGGUCUGCCGCAGCUCUUCGGCAGCAGCAGGUUUCAGCCUGGCACGCCGGCGGGCACAUUCUUCGCUCCCGGUGGUGUCACUCCCUGCUCGAACUCCGUCUAUACGAUGCAGUUAGGCAACAGCGGCAUCGCCAACAUCGAGGUCGCGAACCAAAUGAUGCUCGCCGCCUCGCGUUCGUGCGGCGAGUUCCCAAACUAUCAGCUCAACAUGUUCCCGACCUCUCCGUCGACCAAGGAGACGAGCGCACCGCCUCCAAAGCCGACCACAGUUACGCUGCAGCCAGCCCUCCAGUCUGAGCAUUGCAGCUGUGGGCGAAUGCUGCUGCUUUCUCAGUACCCGGAACAGGGUACAUGCGCCAAGUGCCAGUGCGUCAUCUCGCCAAAUGAUGUCGCCUACUGGUGUGUGUCGGGCCACAUUGCCGUAUGCGCAAACUGCGCGAUCAAGUCCAACAAGCCUCAUAGCGGAGACGACAUGUCGGGGCGGCGCAUGUCCGCGGACACAAAGUCGCAACGCAUGGACGCAGGUGUUACGAACCGCGAUAUUAAUUAA